GCUUCAGAUCCAGUGAUUUAAAAAGCGCGCGAAGCGCAGCGCAGCUUCUGCACUUUGAAGAGUGGCACUAUAGCAGAGAACAUCAAGGCGCAUGCUAUGGCGCAAGGCGCACGCUAUGGCGCAAGGCACAGAGGCGCACGCCUUUUGUUUCUGAUCCAAAAAUUGAUCCAACUGUGCAGAUUUUGCAGAAAACAGACGCAAUGCACUGAAUAAUUUUGGCUUCUAAGUCUGAUUUCAACCCUAAUCGGCUAAUCGAUCAAAGACGAUUCAUACCCAGCACCAGCAGAGCAGCUUCAGCAACAGGCGAUCGACGAUCGAUCGAGAUUAUAGCUUCAGGCUUCACUCUUCAGCGAGGUAACCUCCUCCAGUCCUCCUCCUCCUCCGACAUCUUCUGGACCUCUGGUUCUUCUUCUUCUUCCUUCUUUUUUCUUUUUUCUUCAGAGGGAAGAAGAGUGCAGUCCUGGGCAAGUUUUUCCUUUUUCUUCCUCCUUUUUUUUUUCAGUCGACAUAAUCGACUGUUUCUUUUUUCUUUUCUUUUUUUCAUCUUCUGGACCUCUUUUUUUUUCUUUUUCUUUUUUUUCAGUCUUGGGCAAUUUUUUCUUUUUUUGUUUCUUUUUCUUCAGUUUUAUUCGUUUUUUAUUUUUACCAAGCCAGUGGUCUGUUCCACUGUUUGUUUGUAUUUUUUUUUCCAGCAGCUAUAUGUGUUUAUGUAUUAUUUUUACUUGUUAAUUGUAAAUGACAUCUGAAAAUUCUAGUAAAAAGGACCCUGGUUGGAAGUAUUGCGAAAAAGGUUGAUCCACACAAUAAUACCAAGUUGAAAUGUAUAUUUUGUAACGAAGUGAAAAAUGGGGGUGUGUCAAGAAUCAAGCAACACCUUGCAGGAGGAGCUAAAAGGAAUACGGCGGCAUGUUGCCGAUGCCCACCUGAGGUUAGAGAGGAGAUGAGGGAGUUUAUACGUAAAAGGGAUGAAGCAAAGAGUCAAAUUAAGUCUAUACCAGAUUUUGAUGAUGCAAUGAAUGAUGAUGAUUAUGACCUGGACCUGGGCGAUGAUAUUAUUGAAUCCAAUCCCCGUUAAAGAAAUCUUCUACUCACGGAAGCACAACCUCCGCAUCUAUUCAUUCUAAGCCUAAGAAACCAAGAACCAUAGGGCCUCUCGACACUUACUACACUCCUGAACCAGAGGUGGUGGUGGAAAAUAGAAAAGCCAAGGGCAAACAACCAAAAAUUGAUGAGAAUGAACCAUAUAAGAAAAUAUUGAAAAACCGGGCUCAUCAAGCUAUUGCAAGGUAGAUAUAUGAUUGUGGGAUACCUCUAAAUGUUGUGAACAAUGAUAGUUUUGCGCCAAUGAUAGAGGCUAUUGGGUAAUACGGUUCGGGUUUGCCCCCACCAACUUAUCAUCAAGUGCGAGUUCCUCUCCUAAAAAAAGAGGUAGAACAUGUUAACAAGUUGAUGGAGGAGUACAAAAAAGACCAGGAACAAUAUGGGUGUACGCUAAUGAGCGAUGGGUGGACUAUUAGGAAAAAUAGAACAUUGAUGAAUCUUUUGAUAAAUUCUCCGAGAGGGACCAUGUUUCUUAAAUCUAUGGAUGCGGCUAGAAUUGUAAAGCAUGCAGAAAUGAUAUAUGAAUUGCUUGAUGGGUGGGUGGAGUAUAUUGGAGAAGCAAACGUGGUUCAAGUUGUUAUGGAUAGUGUGGCGGCAAAUGUGGCGGCAGGGAGGUUGUUGGAGGCAAAACGACCUCACUUGUUUUGGUCUCCGUGUGCUGCCCAUUGCUUGGACUUGAUGUUAGAAGACAUUUUUAAGUUACCAAAUUUGAAGACAACUUGGGAAAGGGCAAUAAUGAUUCAUGGUUAUAUUUAUAAUCGACCCUCUUUGUUGGAUAUGAUGAGGCAAUUUACCCAGAGGAAGGAGCUCGUUAAGCCGGCAAAAACUCGAUUUGCAACCGCUUUUUUGACUUUGCAAAGAGUUUAUGAACAAAAGGGAAACUUAAAGGAAGAUGUUUACUUCAGAGAAGUGGAGCAAUAGCAAAUGGGCAAAAAAACAAAGAGGAAAACAUGUAGAAAAAGUCAUGUUGAUGGCCUCAUUUUGGAGGAAUGUGCUCCUUGCCCUCAAGUUCGCAUCCCCACUUGUUAAGGUACUUAGAUUGGUUGAUGGAGAAGUCAAGCCUCCAAUGGGAUACAUUUAUGAGGCUAUGGAUCGGGCUAAAGAAACUAUUGCAAAUUCCUUCAAUCAAAAUAAGGAGAUGUAUGAUGAAGUCUUUAAGAUAAUCGACAAGAGGUGGGAAUCCCAAUUGCAUCGGCCUUUGCAUGUAGUUGGUUUUUACUUAAAUCCUGAAUUUUUUUACAAAGAUCCAGAGGCUUGCAAAGUUCCAGAAGUCAUUGGAGGCCUAUACAAAUGUAUCACAAAGUUGAUUCCCAAUAAUGAUACACAAGACCUUGUUUGUGCCGACUUGAUGAAAUAUGAGAGAGCUGAAGGACUCUUU